AGCGGGAGGCAUGAACCUCACUCCAUUGCCAAUAUUGCGCUAUUGCAACGCCCCGCGCCGUUACCCGCCUGCUACUGCUCUCUGGAAGCUGCCCUCUACGCGUCAUCUGCUGCGGCGUCGAAAUUGGCCAGGAACCGCGGCGCUCGCGGGUCAAUGCAGGCCUAGUUGGACUUCAUGCCUGCGCCUUCAUCCUCGCUGGACUCUGCUGAAUACGACCCCGUCGAUCACCUGAACGCUCUCUUCGCCCACCCCUCGACGCUCUCGUCCGUGUCCGCCACCUCCGAGACGCUCCGCAGCUACCAAGAUGACCUGGACGAGGACAUCGCCGACUUCGUUGCCUCCCAGACCGCUUCCGAUGCGGACAGUGUGCAACGCAUCCAGGCCGCCAAGGCUGAGCUGGCCGGCCUGUUCAGGAAGAUCGAGAGCGUGCGGGAGCGGGCCAUGCACACUGAGCAGACCAUCACCGAGAUGACGGCAGACAUCAAGCGGCUGGACAACACGAAGCGGAACCUCACGCUGUCCAUGACGGCAUUGAAGCGGCUGCAGAUGCUCACCACGGCAUACGAGCAGCUGCGGAGCCUGAGCAAGUCGCGCCAGUACCGGGAGUGUGCCCAGCUCCUGCAGGCCGUCAUCCAGCUCGUGGCGCACUUCAAGAGCUACCGGUCCAUCGACCAGAUUGCGACCCUGAGUCGCAACGUGGCCGACCUACAGCGGGAGCUCCUGGAGCAGGUAUGCGAGGACUUCGAGGUCAUCUUCGCCAAGGGGGAGGUCGCACCGCGCAAGGCCGUGCUCACUGAAGCCUGCUUGGUGAUCGAUGCGCUCGGCGAGCACGCCCGCACCCGGCUCAUCAACUGGUAUUGCAAUACCCAGCUGCGCGAAUACCGACAGGUGUUCCGUGGGAACGAUGAAGCCGGUUCAUUGGACAAUAUCUCAAGGAGAUAUUCUUGGUUUAACCGCAUGAUGAAGACGUACGAUGUGGAACACGCCACAAUCUUCCCAGCCUAUUGGAAAGUGAAUGAGAUGCUGGCCAACUCCUUCUGCGAGGGCACGCGGGAUGACUUCAAGGCGAUCCUGCAGCGUUCCAUGCGGAGAGGUGACGGGCAGACCCUGGAUGUCGACCUUCUUCUCUCGUGUCUGCAGGAGACGCUCAAUUUCGAGCAUAGUCUAGAGCAACGAUUCUCCAACGAGUCGCGCUCCUCUAUCGAUACCAUGGCCUCGAAGGAUGACAGGACCCAUGGAUUCAGCCAGUCAAUCUCCGAAGCCUUCGAACCCUACAUGCGCCUUUGGGUGGAGUCUCAAGACAAGCAACUCGCGACUCUAAUUCCUAAGUACCGCCAGCAGCCCUUACGUAACGCAGAAGAGGAAUUCUCCUCGCAAGCCGUCAUCUCCUCGUCGACCGAGCUUUUCCACUUCUACCGUCUCGCCCUGGCCCAAUGCGCCAAGCUAUCGACAGGGAGCAAUCUGCUUGAGAUGUCUACCACCUUCGCCAAGUAUCUAGAUCAGUACGGUCAGCAGGUCCUAUACUACUUCCUUAGCGAGAAGCCCGGCGCGCAAGGUCCUUCGGUGGAAGACGCAGUCCUGAUUUUGAAUACUGCCGAUUACUGCUACCUUACCUGCAAUCAACUAGAGGAGAAGAUCAAAAGCCGGAUAGAUGAAGACCUCAGAGCGAAAGUCGAUCUACAGAACCAAGCAGAUGCCUUCAUGGGCAUCGCUAGCGCCACAGUGCGUGUGCUCGUCAGGAGAGUCGAAAUCGCAUGUGAACCUAGUUGGCGAGAAAUGCGCAACACGCCUUGGAGUAAGCUAGAAAGCGUGGGCGAUCAGAGCACCUACGUUGCGGAGCUGUUGCGCCACGUCAAGGACAAUUCAGCCGAGAUUCUGAAGUGUCUCCAUAAGCAACAGUAUGCGCGAGCAUACUGCGAUAAUCUGGUGGAUCAGAUGGCCAACACUUAUAUUGCCAACAUCGUGCUAAGUAAGCCGAUCUCGGAGGUCGGCGCGGAACAGAUGUUGCUGGACUCUUACGUACUGAAGAAGGGCUUUACGGAGAUUCCUACGCUCAAUGAUGAGCCAGGCACUGCUCCACCAGCCAGCUUCGUCAAACGGGCAAACCAGAGCAUGUCCAAAAUCGAUCCCCUCCUCAAAACCCUCCAAGUCCGACCGUCCCCGCCGGAAGCUCUCGUGCAAGCCUACCUCAUCCACAUUGCCGACAAAUCCGACACCAACUUCCGCAAAAUCCUCGACCUCAAAGGCAUCCGCAAGGCAGAUCAAGCCCAGCUGCUCGAUCUCUUCGCCGCCUUCCGCGCCUCGCCUGCCCACGCAAACCUCGUGCAGAACUCGCCGCUGCUUACGCCCCUGCAGAUACAAUCCGGACACAUCGGCACCGGUAUCGGUAGCUUGGGCAAUGCAUCAAGCGUUAUGAGCACACCAGUCUUGGGCGUAGGUAGGUUCGAUGGCUUGGGCAAUGCGAUGGUCAAUGCGGUUAGGGAUGGCGUAGAUCGGUUUGGGAGCCCGGCGCCCGGACAGCAAGCGGGUGAUGGUAGGGAUGGAGAGAGGGCGGAGGGCAAGGCCAAUUUGAAUGAGAACUUGAAGAAUAUUGGGAAGUUCUUCCGGAGGGAUGUUGGCGCAUUUAGGGGGUUUGGUCGGAGCGAGGAGGGAAAGUAGGUAGCAUUGUAGUGGGGGAGGAAUUGAUGCUCCUGAGCGACGUUUGAUAUCAACACCAUGUGACCUAAGCGUCGUCAUACCUGAGAUGC